GCAACAUCAUCAUCAGUCGAGUAAAUGCGAACAUUUCUUGGUUUCUCUAUUUCUCUGCAUUGAAAUCUAAGCUGAGUUCUAAUCUCUUCUACAACUUUGUGGACAAGUUAAAGCAUGAGUGGUAGUAACCUAGAGACUCGGUCGUUGCUCGAUGAGCUGAGGCACUUUGAGAAGGGGUUUUUCUUUGAUCUUGGCCACCCCUUACUUAACCGCAUUGCUGAAAGCUUUGUGAGAGCUGCUGGGAUUGGAGCUGUUCAAGCCGUAUCACGGGAAGCCUAUUUUACUGCCGUGGAAAGUGUGGGCGGAGACACAGCAAGCGGCCUCCCGCCGGAGCUUGGAGUUGGAGCCCCUAAGAAGAGUAAUCGGUUUCCGGACCUUAAAGGCGCAAAUAACCGGAAGUCACUUGAGGCCUUGGUCAAGAGCACUGGGAAAGAAUCUCUGCAAUGGGGCAUAGCUGCAGGAAUGUAUUCAGGUCUCACUUAUGGGCUGAAAGAGGCUAGAGGAGUUCAUGAUUGGAAAAGUAGUGCCUUGGCUGGAGCGAUCACCGGAGCUGCACUUGCUCUGAUGACAGAUGACCACUCCCAUGAGCAGGUGGUGCAAUGUGCUGUAACGGGAGCUGCCAUAUCCACUGCUGCAAAUCUUCUCACGGGCAUAUUCUAGUUAUGCACUUGUGUUGACGUCUGAUGAAAGGUGGAUAUUUUGCUUCAAAAUUUAGACAGUAACCACUUCAGGUUCUGUAGCUGUAAUUGAUGCGACAAUCUUGCUGAUACCAAGUCGUUUUUCAUGUACUUAGAAAUUAAAUAUAAAUCAGCACUUAAAGCCCAAGAUUAAAGGUCAAGUGCAUUAAGGAUGGUAUUCGUGUACCUGUUUCUGUUCAGAGAAUGCACUCAUUUUACAUAACGGAAA